UUCAAAUUAAACUCGGUAUCCUUCAUAAGAACCAUUCUUUUCGACAUUUAUCUAUCGUUUUUGGAAUAUUGAAACAAUAUUAUUAAUUGUGGUAAAUCUUAUUUGGGAAUAAGAGUGCAUAUUUAAAUGGUGAUUAUGUCCUCAUUACAUGAGGCAUGCGUUUUCAUGUUCAUCGAGACUCGAUGAAGAGCUGUCGUUUGAGUGUUAGAGUGAACAACUCCAUCAUGCGGAUCUUCUGUCUGUCGAGAACACAGAUUCCCAGCAUAAAAUAAGAAUGGCUACAGGAUUCAGUGCAUCAGUGUUACAUGCCGGGGAUUUCGAAUACGACUAUCCUUGCACAGAGUGCCAGGAACAUGGACUUAAUUCGGAGGCCAUCUACUUCUGUCAACAAUGUACCCGCCAAUUCUGUGGUGUGUGUAUAAAACAGCAUGAUCGAUUUUACCGGAAACAUCCCAUUCUUGGAACAGAAAAGAGGGACUUAUGGGGAAAAGUGAAAAGCACGUGCAAAUUACAUCCUGGUGAAGAAAUGAAGGUAUUUUGUAACGACCACGGGCAAAGCUGUUGUAUCACAUGUCAGAAGGAGCUACACAGGCAAUGUAAGCAGGUCAUACUCCUACAAAACAAAACACCCAAACCUCCAACUCGACCAGUGUCAGAAAAAAGUGGAAAUUCGACAGUUACUACAAACAGUGAUCAACUGUUUUUUAAACGGACAGAAAAAGUAGGAACAAGUGAGCAUGAUAAACUGCCACUUAAAUCGACAGAGAAAGUAGGAACAAGUGAGCAUGAUACACUGCCACUUAAAUCGACUGAGAAAGUAGGAACAAGUGAGCAUGAUAAACUGCCACUAAAUUUGAAAGAGAAAGUAGGAAAAAGAGAGCAUGAUAAACUGCCAUUAAAAUUGAAAGAGAAAGUAGGAACAAGUGAGCUUGAUAAACUGCAACUAAAAUCGAAAGAGAAAGAUGGAACAAGUGAGCAUGACAAACUGCCACUAAAAUCGAAAGAACAAGUAGGGACAAGUGAGCAUGAUAAGCCGCAAGUGGUAUCUGACGUAGACCCCUAUAGGCAGUAUAAAGUAAUAGAAACGAAGCGCUUAAAAGUUAAAUUAGAAAAUGGCGACGAUCCGUGUCGAAUACUAGGUAUAACAGUGCUGCCUGAAGGAGAUAUCAUUUUAAUUGACAAUUGGAAUAGAAAAGUGAAGCUGCUAUCAGCUGACUACGCCGUGGUGGACUAUAUCACAAUUUCAUUGGGGCCAUUGGGCAUCUGUGCAGUAUCUGGCAACCAGGUGGCGGUAUGCUUUGGGAACAAGGAUAUACUGUUUUUCAAUGUCAAAAACAGCAAGUUGAAGAUGGAGAGAAAAUUACAACUGGACUUCGGCUGCAGUUAUAUGGCAUACAUGGCAGGCAACCUGUAUGUAGCAUCUGGUAAAACCGUGUACCAAUUAACACUGGCUGGUCAGAGGGUGAGAACGAUCUACACAAUAGAUGGAAGGUAUGUGCGGGGUCUUGCAGUGAGCCCAGAUGGGGACAGGCUCUACAUCACUGUCAUUGAAGAUCAUCAACUGGUGACAGUGAACAUGCAAGGCCAAGAACAGGCUACACAGAAGAAUGAGGACCUUUUAGGUCCCACAGGUGUGUGUGUGUCUCCUGGUGGACAUGUGUUUGUGUGUGGGAUUUAUUCAAACACCAUCCAACAAGUGGAUAGUGAGGGCAAACACAAGCUGGCCAUACUGGCCACCGAGAAGGAUGGUGUGUUAUUUCCAUUAUCAGCAUGCUUUGACAUAAGGACGUCAUCCCUUCUUGUGGGAAUGAAAAAUGAUGAUUUAAUUAUAUUAAAGCUGAAAUAAACUAUGUUUUAUAGCAACCAUUCCUGUCACAAUGCAAUUUGUGAUCGAACCAGAUAUAAUUUAGGCUGAUGCGAGUCGAAGUAUGAAAAUAUACUGACAACAAGUAUGGAAUGAUCGUGAAAAAAUAACUACAAAGUUGCCCUAGCAGCUGCUCUCCAUUCGAGUUUACUUAUAAUGAUUUUACUAGGCUGAACUUUUGAAAUGAAACAAUUCUAUAAUAUCGGCUAUUAAUACAACCAUGACACAAGUCGAAAAUUUUAAUUUUUAAUGAUGUUGUUUGAAAAAAUAUGGGAUAGGUAAUUUUACGAAAGCGGUCUAUUGAAAGAAAAUACUAUCUGCCUACCAUAAUUCAACCUAUCGAGGUCAAAAGUUUCAAUAUCCUCUUUUUCUUUCUCUGACAGUUCACUGCCCUUCUCUUUAGACAGACCCUCUUUGCCGUGAUAGAAUGUGUAGCCGACAGUAAUGUUAUCCUCCACGAUCAAAACACAAUGAUCGUUAUUUAGGUUUCUAGGGGCUUAUUGAAGAAUUAAAUUGUUUUGUAAUGUGGUUCGUUGGUGUAUGCAAACAUUUAGUCAGGGCACGUCAUUUUAGUUUAAAUCACAUAAGGGUUGUUAUAAUGUUGGAAAAGUGAAGAACGGUAUUUCGAUUUUUAAAUGAAUUUUUCAUUUUAUCCCCUAAAACUAUUUGAUCAAAAAUAAUAAUGAAUGAACGGUGAUAUACAAAAGAGGACAAUUGUAGCACUGUAAUUGCAUUUUUCAUUUUGUUUGAAUUUUGAAGUGUGGUAAAUGUUGAAUGCUGAUUUUUCAUGGUUUGUGCAUUUGAUAACAUAUACUUUGAAAGGGGGUAUAUUUACAACAUUUAACAAAUGUGAAAUUCCAUUCAUCCAAAAAUGAGAGUUAGACGACACGCUUUAAAUUGUUUUCUUUUGUUAUUAAUCACCAUGCAUAUUGGAGCAGAAUAUACAACAAAAAUGAUUCUAUGCAUGCUAAUGAUCGCCAGCAGAAAACAACAACAACAAACUUUUGUUUCUUUGUCUCCUGAUAUACAUUACAUAUUUUCAUGUUUGAUGUUUGUUUGCUAUUCUUUUCAGAUAUCAGCUUUUCAAAUAUUCAUAUUUGUGUUUAAAAUGUACAUAGAUUGUUAUAGCAAACACCUUUUUAGGACUGCCCAAAACAUGAAUAUAUAGUGCAUUGUUAGUGUGAUUAUUUUCUCUGUACAGAUUACAAUAGAUGUGUUUAUCUUACCUUUGACGAAGAUUAUCAUAUUCAAGAGCAUCUUAGUAGAUUUCAUUUUGUGUAAUGUUUUGUGGGAUUAUUUUCUCUGUACAGAUUACACUAGAUGUGUUUAUCAUAACUUUUACGAAGAUUAUCAUUUCCAAGAAUAUUUCAGUAGAUUCCAUUUUAAGUCAUGUUUUCUUUGACCAUUUUUCAGUAUUUGGGUUUAUUACUUGGUAAAAGAUACACAUACAACAACAAUUUAGAGCAUUUUAGAACUAGUGUGUGGGUGUGUCAAGUGUUGUUAUUCAUUUUUGUAAACAUGUUUUAAAUUCAUACAUAUUAUUAUAUUCAGAAACGUUAAAUCACACAUAUUCGAAAACAAGUUUAAAAGUGAGCGUGAGUGUUUUUCCCAAGUUUUUGAUAAAUAUGUUAAUAAAGCACACCUUUUUUAGUACUGAAGAACACAUGGUUUAUUCUUUAUGUAGUUUUGUUUUCUUUAUUGUAUUUACUUUGCAUUUCAUGUUGUGUGAAUUAUUCGACAUAUAUGUUCACUUAAUUCAAUGCUGUAUAAUUAAUUGCCAAAUAUGCAUUGUACUUUUUGUUUUGUGCACUAAUUUACAUGUGUGCUUUGUAUAGUGUAUUUUUUAUUGGAAUUUGUACAUUGUACACCAUGUGUUGUACAUUUAUUGGCAGGUACACAUUGUGAUCCAUGUUUGAAAUUAAUUGACAUAUACCAAUUAUUCUACAUGUUUUGUACAUGUACAUUGUACUCAAUGCUGUGUACAUGUGCUGACAUAUGUACAUUGCAAUACAUGUUGCGAACAUUUUUUGACAUAUACCAAUUGUAAUUCAUUAUGUGCACAUUUACUGACAUAUUUACAUGUACACGGAUGGAAAAAGGUCGAGUCUGUUAGUUUUAAGUUUAAGUAAAGGCCAAAAUCAGUGUAGUUUUUUUUUUAGAAUACCCCUGUUAUCUAUCUGUUUCUAAUGAAAAUGACCAGGAAAUAAUCCAUUAUAACAAGUAUACUGAAAUGUCUCAGUCCUGAUUUUAAGAUUAAUCCAGAGUGUAUCUUCCAUGACUUGUAGCACUGUAAACAUGCUAUGGAAUGUGAUUUGAUUAAACUUAUCUAG